AUGACAGAGCCCUUGAUACUGCAAUUACAGAAACACUUACCUAACAUUGAUCUCAAGAUCAUUUCUCAAGGUGCAGAAGCUUUGGUGUUUGAAUCCAAGACACAUCCUUACUCGAACCUGCCGCAUCUAACCAACAAAUCUGAAUUUAUAAUCAAAUAUCGCCCAGCAAAGCCCUACAGACAUCCAAAGAUCGAUGCACAAAUCACGAAAUCCCGUACUUCAGGUGAAGCCAAGUUUAUGUACAAAUUGAAUAAAUUGGGCAUACCAUGUCCAUCAUUAAUACUGUGUGAUUUCGCCAACGGGAUUAUUUGGAUGGAGCAUCUCGGAAAGAGUCUUCCCAACGGAACUAUAAGCUCUUUUAAGAACUGGCUCUGGUAUUUGGAAAGAUCCGAAUAUGAUGGCAAAACAGAAAAUAAAGGAAAAUGUACUGACGAAAGUGUGCAGCAGCUAUGUAAAGAAGUAGGUGUGCUUAUAGGUCGUCUACAUAUGAAUGAUAUGAUACACGGCGACUUGACCACAUCGAACAUUAUAUUACAGCCAACCUCGGUUUUGGAAAAAACACAGUGGCAGCCUGCGUUGAUUGAUUUCGGAUUAUCUUCCUUCUCUGGCCUACCUGAAGACAAAGCAGUUGAUUUAUAUGUGCUUGAGAGGGCAAUUCUAAGUACCCAUUCUGAUUAUGCAGAUUUGUACAACACCUGGCUUUUAGAAGGUUACACUGCUGCACACGAGUUGAGUGAAUUCAAAAAGACGGGUAAAAAGAAAUACGCAGAGACUAUGAAAAGGCUCGAAGAAGUGCGUCUUCGAGGCCGAAAGAGAAGCAUGUUAGGAUAA